GAUUGAUAGAACCUGCGGUCGUAUCAAGAAUAACGUUAUGACGUGUUCGGUCCGUAAGUGGCUCUCCUAUCGAGAUUUAACCACUUCAGACAAUAUGAGCACAUUUCACACGACCAAAAUCCUGUUUCAGAAAUGAAAUUUUAACAAUUUCGUAUAUUGAACUAAUGCGUAUCAAGUGAUGAGAGUUGUGGUUCUCGGAGCGAGGUCUCUGUCGGAUAGACUAAAAGCUCUGUGUCUGUGAGUACAGUUGGAUAACGAUACCAUCGCUCACUAUACCAUGACGUGUACCAGGUAUGGAGAGAUUGUUGACGAUGAUGUCGAUUGGUGUAGCGCGGCGUAACGGACAGUCGUCUCCCGGAAGUAACCCAUCUCAGCGCUUUUCAUACUUUCCGAUUACCAUGGAAACCUGUUGUUCCGGCCUUUCGCCGAAUCAGCGUCACUGCGUGCUGCUGUUGGUGGUUGCGGUGGUCAGUUACUACCUCAUAAUGGACGCAACCCUGUACCACACCCUCCAGGGGGUUGAUCUCGUCAACGAGAAGAAGGUCCCGGGGCAGUCGUGGUCCCCAUUCCGUCCCCUCUCAGUGAAGCUUAUUAUGCAGGACCCUACGACACACUAUGUGAUAACGCCUUUAUCAGAGUUGUUUAAUGACUUCACGCAUUUUAGUGAAGUGUUUUACUUCAUCACGCCAAAUAUGAUCACGUUCACUCAUGUAUUUCUAUCCUUCGUUGCCGCUAAAUUUAUAGUCUCAGAGUCUCUGAAAAAUAGGAGAAUUGGUGUUUUAAUUUUUGAAAUCAGGACCUUCUUGGACGCCCUAGACGGUGCCGUGUACCGCGCACGCGCAGCUAACAAGACGUACGAAUCUCACCAUAGCGAGAUCGGCUUUUGGAUCGACUCUACGAGUGACACCAUUGGCGGAAUAGCUUUAAUGUUCGGAAUUCUUUUCUUCCUGUGGUGGAAGCAACCGCCGAGAAAAGAGGUCGGACCUUUACCGUGGACAAACGACGAUAAGAACGGAAACCAUAUUGAAACGUCCAGUGAAAAACACGAUACAAGGACACAUAAGUAUUAUACAAAAAAGUUCAUAUUCUGGCGGUGCUUCUGCUACGGUCUGCUAAUAGGCAUCGCUUCCGCCAUAUGGGAUCAGACGAUGUGGAGUUAUAAUGACAUCUUCAUGACGCCUGCCAAGUCGCCGGAUGUAGCGACACUUCAGUCCCAGGCCCUUCAUUCGUCGUCCACGUUCGCCGUCUGGUGGGCUUGGCGUAUGUUGGAGGGACAGGCGCUCAUACACUACAUGUUGUUGGCCAUACUGUGUGACUCCAUCUGGGAGUUUCUACGUUUUGUGCAGUAUUUGGGAUUCGUAAUUCUGGGCAUCCUCAUUUUCUUCAGCUAUUAUCAUGUAUCGUCGCUGCGCCAGUUUUUACUGGUUCAAAGCGACUCAACAGGCGUCACAUCGGGCUCAUGAGGACAGCAGUCUGACGUCACGCCCGGCCUUCAGUUUCCGUCAUGUUAUCAGUAUCGUCCUAAAAACCAUACAACGUUCAGUAAAGGACACCUAAUGUCUGGAUUUUACACCUCUGGGAGUUUUAUUGUUGCGCGAAGUGUGAGCUGUUGGUAAACUUAUGCGUUCUGUAGUAUACCAGGAAAUGUUAAUUAAUCAACGGCGUUGUCUGAAAAGUGGGCUUAACCCAUUUAUGCCUAGUGGACUCUCCCAUCCUUCUAAAAUUGGAUCAAUUUAUUUUCAUAAUUAGGGAUGUGUGGUAUAUUUAUUUUUAUAUUUCUUACAUAAAUUCCUUUAAGCAAACAGCGCAGACUCUGACUUGACGCCGCAUCAUGUGGCGUCUCAUCUGGGUCUACGCUGUUUGCCAAUGCCUUUUUUCUAGACGCUAGGCAUAAAUGGGUUAAUGCAUGUGCGUAAAAUGUCACCCCAGAUUAGCCUGUGCAGUGCGCAUUGUUCGUUUAAAGAUGGCUUCUUCUAAAUCAAAUUGAGAAUCCAGUUUAGGCGCAUAGUGUGGUUCUUAGACUGCACAGGCUAAUCUGGGAAGACACUUUACAAACAUGAAUUAAGCCCAGUUUUCCCAGAACGAGGCUCAAUUUACUGCGGUUUAUAAUAUUUUACAUCAUAAAUUGGUGUAAAUAAUGAGUUAUCAGAUUUUUACAAGUGUUAUGAGCAAUUUCAGGUUUAUACCCUUUAAAAUUGUGUUUAAUAACGGUGCAAUAAUACAAAUCAAAGUAACAUGCAAUGUGUUAUCAUUUGAGAGAAGGUAGAUGCUAGUUUUAAAUGAUUAAUUUUAAAUGAUAUGAAACGUAUGUACUCGUGCAGUUCCAAGGUUUGUGACUAAAGGAGUAUUAUUUGGCUAUCUUUACGGCUUUUAAGAUCAUUAAGUAUGAUUUGAAUUCAUGUCUCUGGUAUCUGGUAUGUUGAGUUUUCCACGAUUAUUGUUUUUAAUUUUCAAACAAUGGUUGUGGUAAUAUUUUGAUAAUUGGACAGUUUGCUUGAUUGAGAAUGUAUAUGUUUGUAAUAAAUUGUUUAGUGUAUAUGUGUUCAAAGGGAAUACAUGUUAUUUAUUGAUUCAAUAUUGGACAAUUUGAUUGAAAGAAUAUUCCCGCAAACGUUUUUGAUGUAUCUUUGUUUUGGUCUCGUUCUCAUUGCAGUUAUAACACUCAAGAGAUGUUGCCUUUUGACUUCAUGUAAAUCUCUUUGCAAAAACUGAAUGCAAUGAGUUUUGGCAAAAUGGUCACAAAAGUAACAGUUAAACAUAAUAAUAAUGUGUAAUGUAUAGACGGGUUUUGAUUUAUUAUUAACAAAAGUAACUUGUUAAUGUUGGUCAAUAUGAAUUUGAAUAAUCUUGCCUUAACUCACGUGUUCCUUUUUUUGCCACAUAUUAUUUUGUUUCUGUUAAUAAUACAAUUUAAUAUGUAUUUAACAAUAGUAAUGUACAUAUUUUAGAAUUGUUACACAGGUGACAUGGCAGGGCAUUUUUAGUACUUUUAUUUUAUGUUGGAAUACAUCUUUGAUGAUUUUUUUUCCACAAAGCAUUGAUUUAUGCUCCUUCAACCAAAUUAUUAAUAUGCUUAAUUAUUUGCAUCAUUUAUUAAAGCGUGAUGUAUUUAAUGCAAAAUGAAUGAUAGCUUUUCUUGUUUUUGUUUGGUUUGUGUGUUGGUUUGUUUUUAUCUGGAUAUAUAUAUAUAUAUAUAUAUUAUAUAUGUGUGUUUUAUAAUGGAAGUUUUGUAUCUUUUUUAUACUCUAUUCACGUUAAUAUAGUUAAUUCUCUUUGCAACAUUUAAGUUAAGAUAUAUGAUGAUAAAUUAUGCACACAAACCAAAAUGACUAUUUUCUUAAAAAAAAUUUAUUUUCUUCAAAAAACUUCCAUAGAUCUAAAAAAAAUGUGCUGUUUUGCUAGUUAUCACUAGAUAAUUCCUUCUUAGUUAAUUGAUUCUGUGUUCUCGUCUGUUAUCAAAGUUUCAUAAAUUUACAUAAAUUCAGCUUCAUUUGUGCACGCUAUUUCAUUUUGCGGUGUUCUUGUAUUUUGUAGGUUGCUAUUUUAAUUUGCUUGAAAUUCGUCAACUUCUUUCUCACUUAGAAUCAGCAAAAGCUAUUUGCGUUUAAAAGCACAAUUCAUGCACUCAUAAAACAUAAAACGCACUGAAAUGAACAUUUUUGUAUUUUAUUGCAGCAACUCUACGUCACCUUUUUAUUUUGUACACGCGCAAUGUUUGGCGAAAAUGUUGUUCACUUGUGUUCACUUGACAUUUUAAUUUAAAGCUUCAGCUUUUCAGCAGUAUACUUAUUGCAUUUGUUCUUCAUGUGCAUUCAUCGCACUACCAAGUAUUCUUGUUUGACUAAAUGCUGUACAACAUCAUUAACAUAGUUAAAAUAUGGCCAUCGUUUAAUUAUGGUUAUCUCAAAAAUUGGUCCAUAAAUAUUUUGAAAGGGAGAUCAUUUAUUACUGAUAUGAUUGGGAACUCCUCACACGAGUGAUUUCCCUUUCAAGGUUCCUUUCAAUUAGUCCACUAUAAAGACCACUGACAUGUUCAAAUUAUGUGCAAAUGCAAGGGAGUUACUUUCCUUUCCCCUAAUUACCUCGAUAUAUGGAUUUUAUGACAAUUUGUGUUCAUUCUUAUAAUUAGAAUUUUUAUUUCUGUAUAAAAAGCAAGCGUUGAUGUUAAUACUAAUGCUGAUUUUUCACUGUUUCUACUGAAGUGUUCAUUAGUUUCCUUUAGCUUUACACUGUUACACCGUGUAUCAAUAAUGAGCCAUUGGCUUUUGAAAGUGUUAUUUGCAGGAUGUCUAUUUUCUGGUUAAAUUUUUAUUUAAUUACAUUGCCUGCGGGAUUUGUUCUCGCAUUCCCUUUAAAUGUAAGAAUAUAAUUUGUAUCUCCUUAUUGUACGACAUAUCUUCUGAUUGAACGUUUGGAACAUAACUAUCAUGGUAGUUAUCCGAAAUCCGUUCAAAAUGAUUUACAAAGGAUUAGUGUUCAACAUUGUGUUGUUAUACAAUCAUGACCAUGACAUGCUGAUGACUUCAUGGCUACGAUAGUGUGAUGACGUAAUCCAAAGGAAUGCAAAUAUUGAGAAACAAUUACUUACAAAACCGUUUUACAUGCAGGUUUAGAUGGAAAUGGCAUGACACUGUUAACUUUCUGAUAUCUAGUUACAAUACUAUUGUUCUGAUGUUGUUGUCUUUUAUGUGUAUUGUUUCUUUACAUGUUUCCAGUUUAAGUUUGAGUUGUUGUUUGCAAUGUCAACUUAAGAAUGUUAUUUUAAUGGCAAAGAUAAUAAACGAAGGUAUAUUGACUGUGUAGUUACGUAAACAUUAUUUCAUUUUGAAUAGAAAUAAACGAAAUACCGAAUGUAUCUCUAAAGGUU